GGAAUGGAGCUGAUGUUCACAUAACCGACCCUCACAGAAGGUUGGUUUUUCACUGGGUAAUGAAAACACCAAACGCCUUAUGUUUAAAGGUCCUUUGUAAACAUGUAAUUGGAAAUAUUGAAAACCAAACUGACAUGGAAGGUUUAACUCCUUUGCAUUGGGCUGUAAUGUGUGAACGGCAUCAACACAUCAGCACACUCCUCUCAUGUGUUCCAACUACUAAUGUUUGUGCACAAGAUCACAAAGGUCGAACACCACUAAACUAUGCUGUACUUCUCUUUUCUCCAAUUUGUAUCAAAGCCAUCCUUGAGUCCCGACCAAUAGCUGCUACUUUUGCAAAUUUCAAAGGAAGAACAGCUUUACACUAUGCAUGUGCUGAAGGCUCUGUUGACUGUGUAAGAGCAUUACUUGCUUGCAAAAGCUGUGAUCUUCAUUGUCAAGAUAAUUCAGGGACUACUCCUCUCCAUUGGGCAGCUGCAGCAAACCAGCCUGAUAUUAUUCAGUUGCUACUGAGACGAGGAGCUGAUCGUGGACAAAGGGAUGCUAGUGAUAUGACUCCUCUUGAUCAUGCUAAUCAAAGGAAUCAUACUGAAUGUAUUAAACUCUUAAAAAGUUAUGGCUUGCUGAGACAGUCAUCGUCAUGGUCCAUUGCAUCACAAUUUUCUAUUCAUCCUCCAACUCCUCCUGAGCUAGACGAACAUGGACAUGUUCCAAUGAAGCGGCCAUCAUCAUCUACACCUGACCAGCAAUCACCACAAGAUAUUACUGAAAUGAAUCCUGCUGAUCACUGCAGGCAAGAUAGACUGAGGCUUCCUGCUGAUGGUCAUUCUAAUAGCACACAAGAGGAACAAUCAUUACUACCUACUGAAGACACACAGCAAAAAUUAGCAACUGAUGGGGAGGAAACUACACUGACUGCUGUCAGUAGAACUAAUUUUAGUGCAUCCUGUUUUAAUUGGAAGCAAAAGUUGAGGAAGAUAUUUUCUAUUUUUUCAAGGCACAAUGUCCGUGUGGCCCCUGCAUGAGAAAGGUACAAACCAUGUGAUACUUACUGUAAAACUUUACCAUUAUUUAUGUGUAUAUUUGUGUAUAAUCAAUUGGUGAAUAAAGUAUAUUUGAAUUUAUUGAAUUAUGUUUGUUCAUAAUUUUUCUAUUUUACAAGCUUGUAUUACUUUACUAAAUUAUAAUGAUUAUUUUCAGUAAGUUUUUAUGACUCAGUA